CUGAUUUCUGACAUAUGCGAUAGGUUAUCAAUUUUUCUUAUAAAUAUUUUUUUCAGUUUUCCCUGUUUUUAUAAAGUUUAAAUGAUGUUAAAUCUUAACACGGAUAGCUAAAAAUGGAAAAUUUUGAUUCAGAGAUUAGUAGUUUAGAUGAAGAAACGUAUUUAGUUAAUAGUAAUUCUGACAGGUUAUCAGAAAAUAGUUUUGAAGAUGAAGCUUUAAUUGAUACAAGAUCAGAGUUGAAAUUUGAAAGAGAGGUAGAAAGCGACGAAGAAAAGAAAAAACGCAAAGAUAUCGAGGAAGCAUUAAUUAGUAAAUAUACUACCCUUAAAACAUGGAAGGACUUAGCGAUAAGUAAAUUUGGAUUAGUUGGAGAUGACUUGAGAUAUCAAGUCUGGCCUUUAUUACUUGAAGUUGAUCCCAGUACAAAUGAAAAAAUUCCAUCUCUGGAAGAGCUGUCAGAUCACCCAGAGUAUCAGCAAGUAAUUUUAGAUGUCAAUAGAUCUCUGAAAAGGUUUCCUCCAGGUAUUCCAUAUGAACAAAGGGUAGCAUUACAGGAUCAAUUGACUGUUUUAAUUUUAAGGGUUAUAAUGAAGUAUCCACAUUUACGAUAUUAUCAGGGAUAUCAUGACGUAGCCAUAACAUUCUUGUUAGUAGUGGGUGAAGCAGUGGCAUUUAGAAUCAUGGAAAAGUUAAGUACGGAAAAUUUAAGGGAAUGCAUGGAACCAACAAUGGAAAAAACAGAUUACAGGCUUAACUACAUUUACGCUUUGCUACAUAAUGUCGAUAGAGAUUUACAUAACUUUAUGGAUAGUGCGAGUGUGGGUACCAUGUUUGCAUUGCCAUGGUUCUUAACGUGGUUUGGGCAUUCAUUAAACCAAUACAAAGAUGUCGUUAGAUUAUAUGAUUAUUUCUUGGCAGCACCACCGCUCAUGCCUUUAUAUGUAGCCACAGCUUUAGUCAUUUAUAGGAGAAAUGAAGUGUUUGCAGAAGGGUGUGACAUGGCCAGUAUCCAUUGUUUACUAUCCCAAAUACCGAACAACCUGGACUUUGAGAAAAUUCUUGUGAACGCGUCGAAAUACUAUCGAGAUUACCCGCCAGAAAAGCUAGAGAAAAUGGUGAAGAAACGAGUUAAUAGAGAAAUGGCUGAGCGCAAGAGGAACGAACAGAUGAUGAGGAAACGGUUGAGGGGCCAGCAGAGCUUGUGGAUUCGAUUUAACAACAAUAUGCCUGCGUGGUGCGUGUUCAACAGGCGCAGCAAGUUUGGACUUGUGUUCGCCGCGGCCACUGUGAUUAUCGGCUACUUGUAUUAUUAUAAAUAUGGCGCCAAUGGACCCCUACAAUUUUUUAGUCUAUAUAAAACAUGACAUAUGGUGUCGUCCGGAUCUGUAAGAGACAUGAUACAUAAGAGGUUUUAUACCAGUUUUUAGAUAUUAUCGAUAUUUAUAUUUAUUUUAUACCUACAUUAUAACUUAGUUAAAAGAUCACGAAGAUGUGCUUUUACUAUAUAUAUUUAUUUUUUAUAAAUUACUUGUAUUUAUAUUCUCGUUUUUAAGAACCACAUUUUUUAUUUUGUUUUCUAUAUAAACGUAGGUUUAAAUUUUUGAUAAUGGAUUUAUUAUUUAUAAUUUUUUUUAAAGUUGAUGAACUCUGAAUGCACGUUUUGCUACCCAAUAACAUUAUUUUUGAUAAUGCUAGGUUAGAGAAACGUGCAUGCCUACAUAACUUGUGUAGAUAAUCUUUUUCGUCCUGUCAUAAAAUAUAAAUCCAUGAUUAAAAACCAAAAAGUAUUGUUGAUUGUGAUGUUUUCUUUAAUUUAUUGGUCCUUUUCGAGCCCCUGUCUGUCUAUGUAUAGAAAUUAUGAUUGCAUUUAUUAAUUUUAUUGUUUUUUACAUGUGUAGGCUGAAUGACUCUAAAAAACAGGUCUCGGGUCGCUAGGAUUGUAAUGGUUUCUAUUAGACAAGAAGAAAAAUAUGUUAUAUAUCUAAAGAUGUUCUUAAUAAAUACAAUUUUUUGUAAGUACAUUUUUUAUUAAGAAUAUUUUUAGGUGAACUAAGGCAUGUGUAUUUUAUUGUGUCCCUAGUAGUUACCGUUUAGUGAAAGAUUAUUUGUUAUCUGUUUUAAAGUUUAACUAGCGCAUUUAUGUUACACAAUCAAAGAUAAUAAAAAGACAAUGAUUAAAGCCAAUUUCCAGCGAAUAACCGUUGGUUAUGGUUGACAGAUAAAUAAUGCUUUAAACGUCAGUUGUCUACCUAUUGGUUGACAACUAACGUUUAAGGCAUUGUUUAUCUGUCAACUAUAACCAAUUGUUGUUUGCUCGAAAUUGGCUUAGAGGUUGCAAAUAAAAUUCUAACUCUGAUAUACUCUAUGAAAAUGAAUUAGUGCGAAAAAAUUUAGGUGAUUCCUUAUAUUAAAAUAUAGUUUUAUACCAUAUUAAUUUGGUAUAGUUAUUUCCAAGGAUGAGCAUGUGUAAAAUAUUUUUGUUAACCCAAUGGAAUUAAAGUUAUAGUAUAAAAAUAUGAAUUAUUCAGACAAAGAUGUGCUAGAACAGCUUAUAAAUAAGUUUCUUUCACUCAAUGUUCUUAUUUUUUUUUACUUUUACAUAUAAUAUUACCUGCGCCCGCUAGAUUUGUAAAAUUGUAAAAAACAUAGAUAUAUAAACCUGUUGGUGAUUCAUGUAAUAUGUGUAUGUGGGGAUAUUUAGCUUAUUUAUGAAAUAUAUUU